AUGGCUAUCACGGGAUUCACAUUAGGAACCUAUGCCGUUGUUUUACUGCUCCAUUCUCUGCAUUUUGCCAGCGGGGAUAUAAGCUAUUCCUUUCCGGAGGAGAUGCGACGUGGUUCCGUGAUCGGAAAUAUCGCCAAAGACUUGGGUCUUGACACAAGCUCACUUACCGCUCGAAAGGCCCGCAUUGAUACCGAUGGGAGCGACAGACGUUAUUUUGACAUCAACCUCCGUAACGGGGAUCUGACUGUUGCCGAGAGGAUUGACAGAGAGGGCCUAUGUGGAGACAAAGCAUCCUGCGCUUUAAAACAAGAGCUCAUGUUAGAGAAUCCAUUAGAAUUGCAUCGAAUUAGUCUACAUGUUCAGGAUAUAAAUGAUAACUCCCCGCAAUUUAAUAAAGAAUUGAUCCAUAUAGAUAUUAGGGAAUCUGCGGCAAAAGGUGCUCGUUUUCCAAUAGAAGAAGCACACGAUGCGGAUAUAGGCAAAUAUUCAGUUCAGACGUACAACCUGCAAAGGAAUGAUCAUUUUAUUUUGGGCGUUGGAACUAAUUCUGUGGAACUUGUGCUAAACAAAGAGCUUGACCGUGAAAAUUUAAAAGAAAUCAGUCUGCUUCUCACAGCUCUGGAUGGUGGCUCUCCUCAAAGGUCAGGUACUGUGGUCAUUCACGUCACUGUGCUGGAUGCUAAUGAUAACGUUCCCGUGUUCAGCCAGACCGUUUAUAAAGCCAGUCUGCCCGAAAACUCUCCUUUGGGUACUGUCGUGCUGACAGUGAGUGCUACUGAUGCAGACGAGGGACUAAACGGAGAUGUUACAUAUGAUUUUGGACACAUUUCAGAAGAUGUGAAGUCAGUGUUCGCUAUAGAUCAUAGGACGGGUGACAUAAAAUUGACGACUACGGUUGAUUUUGAAGUAGCGUCAUCAUUUGAACUGCGUGUAACAGCAAAAGAUGGUCUGGGAUUAACCUCUUACGCUAAAGUUAUAAUAGAUGUAACUGAUGUGAAUGACAACGCCCCAGUGAUUUACCUGAAAUCACUGACUAACCCCACACCUGAGAACGUGUCACCUGGUACAGAGGUGGGCAUCAUUAACGUGCAGGAUAGAGACUCUGAGAAUAACAGACAGGUCCGCUGCUCCAUUCAGCAAAAUGUCCCUUUUAAGUUAGUUCCCUCCAUUAAAAACUAUUAUUCUCUGGUGACCACAGGACAACUGGACCGUGAACUAGUGUCCGAUUACAACAUUACAAUCACUGCCACUGACGAGGGCUCUCCACCUCUGUCCUCCUCUAAAACCGUUCAGUUAUCUGUAGCUGACAUCAACGACAACCCACCAGUGUUUGAGGAACAGUCCUACAGCGCAUAUGUGAGUGAAAACAACAAACCCGGCUCCACUUUAUGUUCCGUGACUGCUCGAGACCCCGACUGGAGACAAAACGGUACAGUGAUUUAUUCUCUGUUACCGGGUGAGGUGAACGGUGCCCCGGUGUCGUCCUAUCUGUCUGUUAACGGAGACACGGGGGUGAUCCACGCUGUGAGGUCGUUUGAUUACGAACAGUUCAGGAGCUUUAAGGUCCACGUGAUGGCCCGAGACAACGGUUCUCCUCCGCUCAGCAGCAACGUGACCGUCAGUGUCUUCAUAUCGGAUGUGAACGACAACUCUCCUCAGAUACUGUACCCCGCCCCGGAGGGCAACUCCUUCAUGACCGAGCUGGUCCCCAAAGCUGCACACGGAGGCGCUCUGGUGUCCAAAGUGAUAGCGGUGGACGCGGACUCCGGCCAGAACGCCUGGCUGUCCUAUCAUAUAGUCAAAUCCACCGAUCCGGGACUUUUCACCAUUGGUCUCCACAGCGGAGAGAUCAGGACCCAGCGGGACAUUUCUGAAUCUGACAGCAUGAAACAGAACCUCAUAGUGGCAGUGAAAGAUAACGGACAGCCCUCUCUGUCUGCCACCUGUUCCAUGUAUCUACUUAUCUCUGAUAACUUGGCUGAGGUGCCAGAACUGAAGGAUAUUUCUUAUGAUGAGAAGAAUUCCAAACUGACUUCUUACCUGAUCGUCGCUCUGGUGUCCGUGUCCACCUUUUUCCUGACCUUCAUUAUCAUCAUCCUGGGUGUGAGGUUUUGUCGCAGGAGAAAGCCCAGACUGUUGUUUGACGGAGCAGUCGCCAUCCCCGGCGCUUAUCUGCCUCCUAAUUACGCAGAUGUUGACGGCACAGGAACUUUACGCAGCGCUUACAAUUAUGACGCCUACCUGACAACAGGAUCUAGAACCAGUGACUUUAAGUUUGUGACAUCUUACAAUGACAACACGCUGCCUGCUGACCAGACUCUGAGGAAGAGUCCAUCAGACUUUGCUGAUGCCUUUGCAGAUUGUGAUGCUUCUCCUGAGGUAGGCCAACGUCUCAUACAUCAAAUGUUAGUCUUUUUUUUUCUUCCCGUAGUAAUAAUGGAGCACAAAGGAUUAGCGCUUUAUGGCUACGGCCUUACAUUGAUUUUUCUUGCCUUCCACCCUGUUUAUGGAGACGUGAGCUACUCGAUCCCGGAGGAGAUGAAACGUGGAUCUGUAAUCGGAAAUAUUGCAAAGGAUCUGGGACUUGACUUGGGCAGACUGUCCGCCCGCAAGGCCCGUAUCGACACAGAGGACAGCAGCGUUCAGUACUGCGGUGUUAACCUCAAUACCGGAGACUUGAUUGUUCAAGAAAGGAUUGACAGAGAAGGGCUCUGUGCGAAAAAGGCAUCGUGUGUUCUAAAACAGGAGCUGGUACUGGAAAAUCCAUUAGAGCUGCAUCGUAUUAGUAUCCGUGUUCAAGAUAUUAAUGACAAUUCACCGCAGUUUAAAGAAGAUUCACUUAAAAUUGAGAUUCAGGAAUCGGCCAUCAAGGGCUCGCGGUUCCUGUUGGAUGAGGCAAACGAUGGAGACAUCGGAGAAAAUGCUGUGCAGGGCUACUCACUUCAGCAGAAUGAUCACUUCAAACUAAAUGUUAAGUCAAAAAGUGGUGGACGAAAAUACUCUGAACUGGUCUUAGACAAAGAAUUAGACAGAGAGGACAAAAAAGAGAUUAUGCUUUUGCUCACCGCAUUUGAUGGUGGCUCUCCUCAGAGAUCGGGAACCGUAGUCAUACACAUCACUGUGCUGGAUGCUAAUGAUAAUGUACCAGUGUUCAGCCAGACCGUUUAUAAAGCCAGUCUGCCCGAAGAUUCUCCUCUGGAUACGUUGGUGAUCACAGUGAGUGCAACUGAUGCAGACGAGGGAAUGUAUGGUGAAGUAACGUAUGGUUUUAAUCAUGUUUUAGAUGAAAAUAACAACGCGUUUUCUUUACACCCUAAAACCGGAGAGGUGAGAGUAGCUGGAGCUAUUGAUUAUGAGAAAGAAUCGUCAUAUGAAAUACAGAUUAGCGCCAAAGAUGGUCUGGGAUUGGCGUCAUAUACAAAUUUAAUAAUUGAAAUUACGGAUAUAAAUGACAACGCUCCAGUGAUAUACCUGAAAUCACUGAUUAACCCCACACCUGAGAACGUGUCACCUGGUACAGAGGUGGGCAUCAUUAACGUGCAGGAUAGAGACUCUGAGAAUAACAGACAGGUCCGCUGCUCAAUUCAGCAAAAUGUCCCUUUUAAAUUAGUUCCCUCCAUUAAAAACUAUUAUUCUCUGGUGACCACAGGACAACUGGACCGUGAACUAGUGUCCGAUUACAACAUUACCAUCACUGCCACUGACGAGGGCUCUCCACCUCUGUCCUCCUCUAAAACGGUUCAGUUAUCUGUAGCCGACAUCAACGACAACCCACCGGUGUUUGAGGAACAGUCCUACAGCGCAUAUGUGAGUGAAAACAACAAACCCGGCUCCACUUUAUGUUCCGUUACUGCUCGAGACCCCGACUGGAGACAAAACGGUACAGUGAUUUAUUCUCUGUUACCGGGUGAGGUGAACGGUGCCCCGGUGUCGUCCUAUCUGUCUGUUAACGGAGACACGGGUGUGAUCCACACUGCGAGGUCGUUUGAUUACGAACAGUUCAGGAGCUUUAAAGUCCACGUGAUGGCCCGAGACAACGGUUCUCCUCCGCUCAGCAGCAACGUGACCGUCAGUGUCUUCAUAUCGGAUGUGAACGACAACUCUCCUCAGAUACUGUACCCCGCCCCGGAGGGAAACUCCUUCAUGACCGAGCUGGUCCCCAAAGCUGCACACGGAGGCUCUCUGGUGUCCAAAGUGAUAGCGGUGGACGCGGACUCCGGCCAGAACGCCUGGCUGUCCUAUCAUAUAGUCAAAUCCACCGAUCCGGGACUUUUCACCAUUGGUCUCCACAGCGGAGAGAUCAGGACCCAGCGGGACAUUUCUGAAUCUGACAGCAUGAAACAGAACCUCAUAGUGGCAGUGAAAGAUAACGGACACCCUCUGUCUGCCACCUGUUCCAUGUAUCUACUUAUCUCUGAUAACUUGGCUGAGGUGCCAGAACUGAAGGAUAUUUCUUAUGAUGAGAAGAAUUCCAAACUGACUUCUUACCUGAUCGUCGCUCUGGUGUCCGUGUCCACCUUUUUCCUGACCUUCAUUAUCAUCAUCCUGGGUGUGAGGUUUUGUCGCAGGAGAAAGCCCAGACUGUUGUUUGACGGAGCAGUCGCCAUCCCCGGCGCUUAUCUGCCUCCUAAUUACGCAGAUGUUGACGGCACAGGAACUUUACGCAGCGCUUACAAUUAUGACGCCUACCUGACAACAGGAUCUAGAACCAGUGACUUUAAGUUUGUGACAUCUUACAAUGACAACACGCUGCCUGCUGACCAGACUCUGAGGAAGAGUCCAUCAGACUUUGCUGAUGCCUUUACAGAUUGUGAUGCUUCUCCCGAGGUAGGACCAGUUGUCACAUAA